AUGCCAAAAAAGAAAGUGCCUGCCCAGUCCGAUACCUCCGGGUCGUCACAGUCCAGACAAUCAAUAAGUUCUAAGUAUGCGAACCAAUCACCCGCCAGAAGCAAAAACAGUCUCAGCAGUAGCGGCCUCACUGGAGUGAUGAGUACCAUUCAUGAGAAAUUCGCAUCCGGGUCCGUCUCCAGCGACAAACAAAUGACUGGUCUUGAUGGUGAGGAAAUGGACACUGACCUUCUCCCGCCACCCGACACUGCAUCCGGCUUUUCACUUACACCGGGGAGUCAGCCUGAUGUACUUAAGAAGAAACAUCCGGCCCAAAAGCCUGAUCUGGCUAAGAAACGACGCCCUAGUAUUCGUGGAAUCAAGGGUGGUGGUAUCAAGAAGUUCCAAUACGCUGCAAUGCAGAAUGUGAUCGCAACAACAAAAGAAGCCACGAUAGCAAUCUUGUCCAAAACAGAAUUGGAGGGAACUCGGUUUGGUUAUAUGGCGAGCAAAUGGACCGCUCCUGUCCUAGAUCCCAAUUCUGUGGAGUAUCCAAACGAGACCACUGUGGUUAGGGUCUUGGCGGGAGACACAUAUGACCGGGCCCUGGAGAUGCAAGAUGCUGGCGGCACCAGCGAUCACAUGCCAGUAUGUGUUCUCAACUUUGCCAAUGCCGAAAAACCCGGUGGGGGUUGGCUCAAUGGUGCUCGAGCCCAGGAGGAACAGCUUUGCUACCGAAGCACACUGAUUGAUACUCUCGAUCCCCGGUUCUACCCAAUGGAAGAUCUGGAGUGCCUCUAUUCACCUAGUGUGAUCGUCUUCCGAAACAACGUGGACAAUGAGUAUAGCUUCAUGUCGGCGGACGACGAGCUACACCUGAACCCCACUGUUAGUGUUAUCAGCAUGGCAGCGCGGAACAAACCUGCAUUGACCGCCGACGAAUCCACGUACAAGGACGUGGCACAGCGAUAUCUCAUGAAAGCCAAGAUGCAAUUGAUCCUACGCACGGCAGCACACAACAGUCAUCGCCGCUUGGUCCUCGGUGCUAUUGGCUGUGGGGCCUUUCGUCAUCCCACUCAGGAGGUGGCCGAGUGCUGGUACGAGGUUCUCAUGAAAGAAGAGUUCAAGGGGUGGUUUGAGAGGAUUCAUUUUGUAAUUAAAGACUCACCCGCUGAGAACAAUCUUGAGAUUUUCACGGAGACAUUGGAUGGUUUGAACAUCAGAUGA